AUGCUACAAUCACACAGCAUGGUAUCAGCAUUGAUCCUGGGCAUCAUCUUCUUAAUCCCAAUCAUCCUGAUUCCCCGCAUCAAGGGAUGGUCCAAAUCCGCCAGAACCCCAAGGCUUCUCCGCCUAUGGCGCCAGCCCAAACAAUCCAGCGAGAUCAUCUCAUUACGCAUGUACCCCAUAAAAUCAUGCCGAGGCUUCGAGGUCCAAUCAACAGUCCUGAAAGAGCACGGCCUCGAUCUCGACCGUCGCUGGAUGCUCGUCGACGCAGCUACAAACGAGUUCCUGACUAUCCGCCAAAUCCCCGAUAUGACGCGCAUCGAUACAGCCCUGAGUGCGGACGGAAAUGACCUGCUCAUCACUAUCCCCAAGCCCGGACUCGAGAAUCAAUCCGAUACAGUUCGUAUUCCGUCCCAUCCUGACACAGAAUGGCUGGAGGCAAAUACCAAAUCGGCGCCGGUUAAGAUCUGGCAGACUGAUACGGACGGGUACAUCUACGGUGAGGAGGUUAAUGCUCCUUUCUCGGCGUUUUUGCGUCGUGACGUUGCGCUCGUUUAUAAGGGUCCUACGCCGCGUGUGCUGAGGGGGAAUGGUGCGCCGGAUUUGCUGGGUCGUGUGCAGUCGACUGGGUUUCCGGAUGUGCAUCCUGUGCUUAUUGCGUCGCAGUCUUCGAUGGAAGAGCUUAAUUUGCGGCUGGAACGUGCGGGUCAGGACAUGAUUACUGUUGAGAGGUUCCGUCCCAAUAUCGUCAUUCGCGGUGGGGCGCCUUGGAGUGAGGAUUCGUGGAAGACGGUUCGCAUUACGGGUCAGAAGGAUGCUGGCAAGGCUGGUGAGACUUCUAUUGAUUUGGACGUUGUGGCUCGCUGUGGGCGAUGCCAGGUGCCGAAUGUUGAUCCCGUCACUGGGGAUAAGCAUAAGAAGCAGCCGUGGGAUACGCUUGUUUCGUACCGUAGGGUUGAUGGGGGUCUUCCGUUCAAGCCUUGUUUCGGGAUGUUGAGUGCGCCGCGCAGUGAGGGGGUUGUUAAGGUUGGGAUGAAGCUGGAGGUUUGGGAAGAGACGACUAAGCAUAGGUAUAUUCCUGGGUUCUAG